AUGGAGAAGAUGGUUUGCUCCUUCUGUGUGCAGGAGUCUGCGGACUGCAAGCGCGACGGUCGCAAAAUCUGGUGCCGAAGCUGUGUGGCCACGGACAAGAUGCUUCGACGCCACAUGGGUGGUUGGCCCACAGUUUCGGAAGAAGAAAAGAAAGACUUCUUCAGCAAAGCCCUGCAGGCCAAAGACCCAAACGGUCGCGUCACCUGGACAUGCCUGCGGGGCGUGCUCAAGGAGUGCUUGGCCAAGCGCACACUGAUGCGCUCGUCCGUGGACAUCACAGCGCCCUUCAAGCCCUUGGACUACUGGACGUCUCAAGGGUACACUGAGGAAAACGUCCGCAACUGUCCCUCUGAGGAGGACCCGCAUUUGGGCACAUUGUACCAAGUGCACACGAAGACUAUCUCCAAGGCCAAGAUCGAGGAGGAGGUCGAAGAAGAACUGCUCAUGCGUGAGCAGGCAAGUCCGGGCGAAGGCAAAGGGAAGAGCGCCGCAGCGGAGCAGCGGGCAUUGCAGCGCUCGCAGGCCAAGCGCGAGCGGGAGAAUGCCGCUGCAUCUGCUUUGGCGGGCAAAGCAGUUGCUUUGCUACAGCCCAAAGUGCAGCAGACACAAAAGCUGCUGGAUAGCCACAGUUCCAAGCUGCCCCGUGAAAAUGUGGCAGAGUUGGAGGUUGCCGUCAAAGAACAAGGGGAGUGGCUCGCAGCAGCGCGCGCGACGGUGGCUGCGUUUGGCCGGGAUCCUGCGGCGGCCCUGGAGCCCCUGCCAUUCGACGCCAACGGUCUGCUGCCGUUGUGGACAAUGGCCAUUGCGUGCGAGGGCUACUUCUGCGAGCAGGAACGCCCGAGAGGGAACGUGCGACCAAUCGACCCAGAGAAGCUCCCAUCACCGAAGUCAUGGCGCGCCAUGUUCUUCUUGGAGGAGCAGAAACGAGACUUGGAUCGCUUGUUGCACGACGCCAUGAACGUGGUCCACGACCUGAUCAUCUUGAGCGCUCCCACUGACUAUCAGCUGCGGCGCAUCAGCGCAGAUAUUCUGUUCUGUAUGGACAAUGUGGGUCUGUUGAUCAGUGCAGUCUACUGCCUAGACAGCACGAUCGAUCUAAUCGGGCCUGGUCGCAGGGACGCGGUGUUACUCGUGGCCAAUUUGCCAAAUUUGCUGCGCCAUAUGCUGGACCCGGCAUGGCUGCCGGUGGCAGUGCUGCCAAAAGAGGAGCUGAACCAAAUAGAAGGCAUUGGCUGCGCGGUCGCUGCGGCGGUCAAGCACUGGCAAAAUUUCCACGGGAGCAGAGUCACCGGCUUGAAGCAGACCAUCCACCUUGCGGCCCACUGGAAGGUCCUGCUGGCCGGCGACGCUCUCCGUGGAACUUUUGACCUGAAAGGUGCCGGCGGGAUUCGGCCAUGCGUGCUUUGCAGCAAUGUUCUCAAGGCGCAAAGCAGAGUCGACGACGACCUGUUUUGCGAGAUCUCUGAGUGGAGAAAAGAAAAAUUUCUCCCUCUCACAGACCGUGAGAUCUUUGCGCAAGCCGACGCGCUCAAGGCCAUAGAGGGCAAAAAGGCGAUCCAGGCCUUUGAGAAGUCUUGUGGCCUACGCAAAACGUUGCGUGGCGUGUUGGUGGACCCUGUGGCAAGGGAACUGCUGCCGCCAAGCCAAGCAGCAGUAGAUUGCGUGCGCCUCUAUUUUGUGAACGGCUGCGCGAAUUUUGAGUUGGCGUUUCUCUGGCAGGCUAUAAACGCCGCCCUACCGCAGAUGACACACCAUGCCCUCAAGCUCUGUUGUUUGGAAGCCAUGCGGCAAAGACCUUGGUCAAGUGGCCACAAAGGUCCGUCCCUCUUUGGAGAACUCUGGAGUGAGCACGCCUGGCGCGCAGAACAGUUCAAAGGUGAGGCGUGGGCAACUUCGAUAGUGGUGCCUUUGCUGAACUACUACCUGGACAAGUUCGUGCGCCCGCGCGGGGUUUGCCCGGACGCCACUCGUUCGUUCGAGUGCCUGGCUCGGCUCUGCAGGGAGAUCAAUCGUUUGAGGUUUCGCUGGGCUCCCAUUGCAGAUUGGCAGGAAGUAAAUUCACUGGAUGCUUGGUCACACGUGCACCAACAAUGCUUUGCGCGCUGUUAUUCAGCGGAAGCCUGCAGGCUGCACUUGGCUGAGUGGGUCAUGAUGCUCAAGUUCAUGCCAUACUGUGAAAGACAUGAGUCCAAGCAUAGAACCUUCAAGUCUGGUGGAUGUGGCGACCGCGAGGCACACCACGUGCACAAUCCCAGUGUCUACGCGUCCAAUGUGCUCAGCUCACUGCUACUGACGCAGUUUGACGGGAGCGAUCUGACACCAUUGAAAUUACAUACGCCAGUUGUCUCGGCGCCAGACUUGCGCGGCUCGCAACAAUCAGACGGCGUGCGGAUCUGGUCCACAAAUGUGCGCAAAGGAGAUAUACUCCUCUUCGAUAUGGGCGCUCGCGCUGGCAUGAUGACACGCGCCGUCUGCCGCGACGCUGCGCCCUUCAUUGAAUACGUGAACCUGCGUCUGACCUCUCGAGACAUAUGGAGCUAUCUUCGAGCGGACCUGCAAGCGCACUUUGCGCCAAAUCGACCUGAGCGGCUCUUUGCAAAUGCCUGUAUGGUGGUCAUGGGCCGGUGA